ACUUCAUGGUCUUCAAAUUGAGCUAAAUUGCUUUUAUUAAUGGACCUAGAUUGUACAGCCAACUCCUCAGUUUCGGACUCUCAAUCAAAUGAACACACUGUCGGAUCUAGUCCAACAGAAUUAGGCUAUGAAAAUACUAUAGGAACACCGACAGGAGUGGAACAUUACUCCGAUCUAUAUGAUAACCGAUCAAAUAAAAUUGUGGCAGAAGACCCUAGAAAUAAUUUGGAGUCGUCAGUCAAUGAAAGUGGCUACAGUUCCUAUUGUAACUAUAGUUACAUAUCAACUGAAGAUGCAAUUACUAAAUCUGAAGAAAGUGAACCUCAGUUUUGCGUUAAUGCAUGCCAUUCGAUUUAUACGAUUCCAUAUAUGCCAGAGAACUUAACAAACAACACUUGUCGUUAUGUAGAAUUUACAAGUGACAACAACGAGACAGUCAACGCAGUAGCAUCCAUAGUUAGUCAUGGUGUGAAUUCUUGCAGUUAUAUCCCUGUUUCUAAUAUGAUUACUACUGUUAUCAAUCACAAUUGUACACCAACAGUUACAAAUGAAUUCACCAAAAUCUUUAACUACCAGUGUGACACAAUAUCAACCCCAGAUAUAACAAGGAAGAAUGAUAAUCAAAUAAAUUUCAAAAGUGAUCCUGAUACAUUUUGGGUUAGUCAGCGUGAUGACAUUCAAAAGUCAGUUAGCAGAAGAACAGGUCAUCUAUCAAGUGAUAAACAAAAUGCAUUGGAUGGUUACGUAGACAGUGGAAACAUUCCUACUUCUACAGAGCAACAACUUUUACAGCCACAGGCGUGUUUAAACAAUUAUCGUGUCAAAGAGGACGAAUCCAAAGGGUCGUAUAAUUCAAAUUUUCCUGAAUUUGCGUACAACUUAAUGAAUACACAUUCUCAACAUUACACAACAAGCGAUUUUAUUAAUGCCAGUUCUCAAAAUUCCGUGAUAGACUGUAUCUCAUCAUAUCAAGAUAGUUCUCAGAAUUCUGAGAGCGUCAGUGCUUGUGUUAAAGGGCCAUCGUUUUAUUCGCAAACUCAUAACGUUUAUUGGCCUUGGGUCGACAGGUUUUACGCUGAAAAUUGCGCUUCGAAAUUAGGCUCAGUUUGUAAUUCGGAUGUUGCUACUAAGGGACUGAUGAACUACACAAAUUCAUUCUCUUGUAAUCCAAGCUUUGGUCAUUCCUACAAUUCACACUCUUUAUUCAUCAGUGGUGCUAAUCUCCCGCACAUCAGUGAAAAGCCAAAUGAACAGUCUCAGUCUUCGAAACUUUCAGCAGUAAAUUUAUGUACAGGGGAUAAUAUGUCUGCUUUUCAUUCUAUUGCUCAAAUAUCGAGUGAUUACUCCGGGACAUCUGUGGUUGCCGGUAAUAUACCAAAUCUCAUUUUAAUGAACGCACAAAGCAGUGGUGAUUUUUCAGCUCAGUCUGCCGAUAAUCGUAAAGAAUCUCAAGAAGAUGAGAAUAGCUUUGAUCAUAGUGAAACGUCAUGGCAACCAGAACUGAAUUCUGUUCAAAGUUCAUCAUGCAAAAGAUUGUCAGAUAAACAGAGAAAGACUAUAUGUGUUUCGAUUCUCAACGAAAAUCAAACGGAAGAUUCACAUACCCCUCAAGAUGAAAUUACCCAAAAUUCCUCCACAUCAUUUGAUAUUUCGAGCCUUCACCGAGAAAAUGAAAUUUGUUUAGACCAAUCAAUCUCUGGAAAUAGCUAUUCAUGGACGUCAAAAAGUGAUAAACUGAAAUUUAAUUCCCGCUUAAGAUCAAAAAGAUAUUCUGACGCGAUCAAUUUAACACGAAAUAGACCAUUAAAUCAAACUGCCUUGAGUGUGAUGGAAAGUUGGUAUACAAAUCAUGUAGAUAACCCGUAUCCUACAACAGCGGAGAAAGAAGAAUUAGCAGCACUUGGUGGAAUAACAGUAAUUCAAGUAGGUUAAUUCUAUAAAUUGAUAAUCAGUGAUAUGUUUCGUAACGUCAUCUAAUUUAUUUAUUGUAUGGUAGCUCUAAGCUUGUUAGUAAGCUUCUUAAAAAUCGACAGUUUUGCUUUUUCAUAUAAUUUUUUACAAGAUUAUUCAGGAAUUGACUCUAGGAAUUUGAGUAGUCAAAACAACAAUCAACCUUUUUAUAUAUUUGUUAAAUGUUAGGCAAAUUUUGUUACAAAUUUGUGUGCAUUAGUUAUUGAAAUAAAUAAUAAUUUAUGGUGAGAGAUGCAUUUAAAUGUUCUUUUUCUAAAGUUGUUUUUUCAUGACUUUGAAGAGUGGGUCACAUAUACGUUAGAGUUUAUGUCAUAAAUUAAAGUAUACUGGAAAACUUUACUUCAAAAGCUCUUCGAUGUGCAAAAAAUAAACAUAAUUAGGCUAUUCGAAUGUUUGCUAUUACUAUUCGUUCAUGCACUUAUCAAACGUACAUUCUGGAGUUUUGAACCAUAAUUUCUUGAAUGAUAGACGUUAACAAUUUUAUUUUGUUUAUGACUGAGUUAUGGAUUACUCUAAAAAUAAUGUUCAACGUUUUUUGUUCAUGGUAUCAAGUUUUUUAAAAACUCAUUUCACUUACAGGUGAGUUCUUGGUUUGCCAAUCGCCGAACACGAACUGCAAACACCAAACCGAAGAAGAAUCGAAGAAAGUUGUAUCAUCAAAUUUAUCAACUAGCCGUUGAAAUUGAAGCAUUAACACAGGGAUCGCUCCGAGCUUGUGAUUUACAAGAACGAAUUGGACAAAUUAUUGAUGAAUAUUUAACGUGAAUUUUCCAGCCUUACUAUUCAUAACUUUUAGACACCGUUAAUUCUUGUUUAUAGUCAGUUUCUGCUAACUUUUUUGAAUCUCAGGUUCAUUUUUUGUUCUUGUUUAUUUUUACUUUACUUAUUUGGAAUUUUUUGUUUGCUUGUCAGAUGAUUCUUUUUCUUACUAAUACAGUUUUUUAUU